AGGGGCGGAGCGGGCGCCGGCAGAGCGCGGCGCGGGGCUGGCGGCGAAGGUCCGCGGCGGAAUCGCCGUAGCUGCCGCUGCCGAAGACCCCCCACCCGGGCCGGCAGCCCCCGCAGACCCACCUUCCCGGUGCGCGGCGGCUCCGCUGCUUCCCUCCAGAGGAGGUCGGGCUCCCCGCUCUCCGGACCCGCCUGGCGACCUCGCCUCCGGCGGGGCGGGCGGCCGCGGCGCCCGGGGCAUGGCUUCGGCGGGCAGCGGCAUGGAGGAGGUGCGCGUGUCGGUGCUGACCCCGCUGAAGCUGGUCGGGCUGGUGUGCAUCUUCCUGGCGCUGUGUCUGGACCUGGGGGCCGUGCUGAGCCCGGCCUGGGUCACGGCCGACCACCAGUACUACCUGUCCCUGUGGGAGUCCUGCCGGAAACCCGCCAGCUUGGACAUCUGGCACUGCGAGUCCACGCUCAGCAGCGGGAAUCAUCAUCCAGGGACCUGCCAGAGACCACAAGAAAACAUGGGGAGGAUUUUCCUCACAGGAGAAAAAGCCAAUUCAGUAUUGAAACGCUACCCAAGAGCUAAUGGACUUUUUGAAGAAAUAAGACAGGGCAACAUUGAACGUGAAUGCAAAGAAGAAAUCUGCACAUUUGAAGAAGCAAGAGAAGCUUUUGAAAAUAAUGAGAAAACUAAGGAGUUUUGGAACACCUACACAAAAGCCCAACAAGGAGAGAGUAACCGAGGAAGUGACUGGUUUCAGUUUUACCUUACCUUUCCAUUAAUCUUUGGCCUCUUCAUUAUCCUUCUUGUCAUUUUCCUAAUUUGGAGAUGCUUCCUCAGAAACAAAACUCGCAGACAGACAGUAACUGAAGGCCACAUUCCUUUCCCUCAGCACCUUAAUAUUAUCACUCCGCCUCCCCCACCAGAUGAAGUGUUUGAUAGCAGUGGAUUGUCACCAGGCUUCCUGGAAUAUGUAGUUGGGCGCUCAGAUUCUGUCUCCACUCGCCUAUCCAACUGCGAUCCUCCACCCACCUAUGAGGAAGCCACUGGCCAGGUGACCCUCCAGAGGAGUGAAACAGAACCUCAUUUAGACCCACCCCCAGAGUAUGAGGACAUCAUCAAUUCCAACUCAGCCAGUGCCAUUGCCAUGGUGCCUGUGGUCACCACCAUCAAAUGAAACUGUAACCUUUUUACUAUAAUCAUUUUUAAAAUACUAAUGAAAGAACUUUCUAGCACUUUACCACUACAUAAAUGUGCAUUGACUUAUUGUAUUGGACUCUGACAGCAUACCACUUCACAUUUUCUGAUUUGAUUUUCAUUAGAUUUGUUUCCGACUAUAAAAUCAUUAUCCAUGCUCAUUUUUGCUAAUCAAAAUAUGUGAAGAGGGAAAAACAUAUUAGUGGAGGUCUUUAUGUGAUGUGAUGAGGUACACAUAUGUGUGUAUGUAUUUCUAUGCAUACAUAUGUGUAUGCACAUCAGCCCAGUAUAUGUGCAAGUGUCUUAAAAAGCCAUUAACUUCUGUCUAAAUCACCUAUAAAGAGAACAUUACUCACCAAAAUAAGGCAGGGGGGGGACAGCAACAACUUGUACCAUAGCCAGCCACAUGCUGUUGAAUUUUGAAAAUAAGAUGAACUUAGUAUGUUUUCUAAUUCUUACUGGCUUUUGUUAACCUUUUUCUUCAGCUACCUUAAAAAAUGCAUGUAAUCCACCUUGAUUUUAGAAACACCUCAAAAGGAGAGAGGGAAGGCACAAUAAAUGAUAAUUUACUUAUAGUAUAUAGCAAGAAUACCAUUGGUCAUUAGUGGCAUUUGGGUAGUUUGGAGGAAUGAUUUUGUUAUUGUUGACUGCCUUCCCCUUAACUCCUAAAAUUAAACACUGUUUGCUUAGUGUCUGAAUAGCUCAUGCUAUUUGUAUUAACAUCUUGGUUAAAUACAGAGAGGAUCUCCUGGCAGCAGGAUAGUUUCUAGUUAUAUGUAUUAAUGACAGGGAAGAGAUACAGAUUUCUCAUUUGCGACCAUAAUUAUUUUCUUUUUGCUGUUUCAGUGCCUUUUACUCUACUGUCUACUCCUUCUCUUACCACCACAGAAUUUGUAAGAACCCAAGAAUUUAGUAAAAAUCUUGAAAUUAUCUUCUUAGUUUUUAUAUAGACUGAAGUCUUUGCUUCAAGAUGAUUAGGAGGCGUUUUCCAUUAAAUUAAGAACUAUGAUUUUUAUAUUGCUCUCCAAUUGGUGGAGGAAGAUUGCAAAGUCUGUUGUGCCAGGUGCACAUAGUUUCACAUAUUUUCAUUGUUGCUAUUUCAUUUUGUAUUUUCAUCAAAUUUUUUAAAGUGCAGGAUAUUUACUUUGCUCUUGGAGUAAAGGGAACAGGCUAUGAAUGAACUGCCAACAGAAACUGGUGCAGAAAGGAAAAGAGGGCUGUUCCAUUAAUAUAGGCACUGAUGGAAAAUUCAUUCUGUUGGUCAGGGAAAUAUCCCUGCCACUCCCAAGCCUCCUUAGUGUUGGAUAAAAUGGUUAAUGAAGCAGAAGGAGUACAGGUUUUGUAAGUGUCAGUCAUAUCCUGCCACCUCCAUCUCCAUCCCUACAGACCGCCCCCCUCCAGUCCUUCCCUGGAACCCAAGGAAGGAGGAAUGCUGGGGGGAAACCCUGAACCAGGAGUCAGAUGACCCGAAUUCUAAUCCUGUUCUCUAAAAAAGGUACUUGCCCUGGUACCGUGGGAAAGACCCAUAUCUACACCUCAGAUUCUUGAACUCUGAAACGGAUAAUGUCAUUUAUCCUGCCCUUCUCCAGGGGCUUUAAAAGGAUCUAAUGAGAUGGUGUGUAUGAAAAUAAUUCUUUAGAUGUGAAGAGCUGUCUGCGUGUAAGGUCAUAGCAUUGCUCUUAUUGUGCUUAAGGGAGAAUUUUCUCCCUGUUUUCCUAAAAUUUAUCAGAGGUUUCACAUAGUGAGAAGUAGAGUAGACUGAUCCAUAAAUGGCUAACAUGUUCCUGAUCCGAGUGUCUUGCUAUUAAACUUCUGUCACUCUGGUCUAUCCCAGUGCUGUGCCAAUUUAAGAGACGACAGCCAGCUUAUCACAAACAGGAUUAAGAAGAUAUUGGAAAGGAAACUAAGAUGUAUGUGUUUAAGAUGUAUGUAGUUAAUAGGUUUCAUAUCUUUCCUGAACUAAGAAUUAAUAAAUCUUGACCCUCAUCUCAGUAGAAAUGACAAUAUUAAUUUGAAUUUGGCCAUGAGCACAUGGUAACUUUUGGCUUCUAGUUGUAGCUGAAAGUGGGAGUGUUUGAUCCAGUGACG